UGGCUGUAGCCCCUCUUUGCCAUGCCUAGCCUAGCAGUGCGUUGGUACGUGGUAUAUGCGCGCAGCCAUAUGUGCAUGCCCGCGCCUGCGAAGGAGGGAACAGUGACUGGGAGUCAAGCUUCUGUUCACUGAAGAUGGUCUAAUCUCAUCUCCGCUCCAGCCACCCGUCUCUUGUCAUGCGCUCGCGUUAUUGAAAUUUGCAGGGUUGCUUGCUCGAUCUGGGCAUGCAUGCAUUCUCUCUCUCCUGCACUGGGCCUGACCUACUGUUUGGAGUUUGGGGUCAUGCAUGCGUGUAUUGUCUUGUUCCGUGGCCGCAUCUCUCCUCCCUCGUGCCUCUGUUGGGCUUGGGUGUGGGCUUUUCUUGGCAACUUGGCCGCUGAGGGGCAGCGGCAGAUGGCUUGCACUGUGCACUGGAGGCCCCGCCCCCCCGGGGUAAAUAAAAAGAUCCUAUAGUAUUGUUUUCCUUCUUUCCUCGUCAAGUAAUAAGUUUUCGUUGCCAAAAAUGAAUGAAUUCCGCUAAAUGGAAUAGUACUACGCCCUUGGUGCUCGAACUGGUCGCCUUUAAAUUCCCUGUUUUUUCUUCUUCUACUACCAGUAGUAUACUUUCUCGUUCGAGUCUUUUUGGGCGUACGCUGUCUCUUUUUGAACCUUGGGUCACCAAAAUCUCAUGCAUGGCAAAUGUCGCUUCCUUGGACGUCGCUAAUCCAUUUCUUUUUAUUUCUUUAGUUAACGAGAGAGAGGGAGAGGGGACACGAGAGGGCCCCGUGCUAAUAUGCUCGGCUUUGUCCGCAAAUGGGUGCCCUCAUGGCGUCGCGUAGAUAGCUCCCUUUUUAUUUCCAACCCGACGCCAUCCACGCGCCCCCUUCCGCUUCCCUCUCUUAUUCAAACCUCCCAUUCUUUUACUCACACUUGCCACUGCUCUCGUGGUUCACUAGCAAGCACACCGCCGCCUCUCGCCGUCCGGCCGGAGUCGUCAGGUCCGGCGAUGGGCAAGGCGGCGCGGUGGAUCCGGGGCUUCUUAGGCGGCGGCGGUAAGAAGGAGCAGAGCAAGGACCAGAAGCCGAUACCUCCGGCAAGCAAUGCCAAGCGUUGGAGCUUCGGCAAGUCGUCGCGGGACUCGGCGGAGGCCGCCGCCGUCGCUGCGGCUACGCCGGCGCACGGGGGCAACGCGGCGAUGGCGAGGGCGGCCGAGGCGGCCUGGCUCAGGUCGGUGUACGACGAGACGGAGCGGGAGCAGAGCAAGCACGCCAUCGCCGUGGCGGCGGCCACCCAAGCAGCGGCUGACGCGGCCGUGGCUGCAGCCCAUGCCGCCGUGGCCGUCGUGCGUCUCACCAACAAGGGCCGCGCAGCCCACGCUGGCGAGCACCGCGGACCGGCGGCCGCGGCAGUCCGGAUCCAGACCGCAUUCCGAGGCUUCCUGGCUAAGAAGGCGCUGCGGGCGCUCAAGGCGCUGGUGAAGCUGCAAGCGCUGGUGCGCGGCUACCUCGUGCGGAAGCAGGCGGCCGCCACGCUGCAGAGCAUGCAGGCGCUCGUGCGCGCGCAGGCCAGCAUGCGCGCCCACCGCGCCGUCGCCAGCGCCGCUCUCCCGCAGCUCCACCAUUCUUCCUUCCGGCCGCGACGCUCCUUGCAGGAGAGGUACACGGACGACACGCGGAGCGAGCAUGGGGUGGCGGCCUACAGCCGGAGGCUGUCGGCGAGCAUCGAGUCAUCGUCCUACGGGUACGACCGGAGCCCCAAGAUCGUGGAGAUGGACACCGGCAGGCCCAAAUCUCGCUCGUCUUCGCGCCGGGCGAGCUCCCCGCUGCUCGACCCCUGCGAGGAGUGGUGCGCCGCCGCCAAUCCCAUGGCGUCGCCGCUGCUGCCGUGCCACAUGCCAGGCGGCGCGCCGCCACGUAUCGCCGUGCCGACCCCGGGCCACCUCCCGGAGUAUGACUGGUGCGCGAUGGAGAAGGCCCGGCCGGCGACGGCGCAGUGCACCCCUCGGUACAUGAACACGCCGGCCACCCCGACCAAAAGCGUGUGCGGCGGCGGUGGGUACUCGGCGUCGUCUCUGCUCAACUGCCCCAGCUACAUGUCCAGCACGCAGUCCUUCGAGGCAAAAGUGCGGUCGCACAGCGCGCCGAAGCAGCGGCCGGAGCCCCCCGCCGCCGCUUCCACGAACAGGAAGCGGGUGCCUCUGAGCGAGGUGGUAGUGGUAGAGUCCCGGGCCAGCCUGAGCGGAGUCGGAAUGCAGCGGUCGUGCAACCGGGUGGAGGAGGCGUUCAACUUCAAGACCGCCGUCGUCGGCCGCCUGGACCGCCAGUCGACGGGGGCCAUCGAGAAUGACCGGCAAGCGUUCUUGCAGAGGAGGUGGUGAUCUACUCUGCUCUGUUCUAGCUAUUUCACACGGUUAAUGGCAGUGAGAAGACGAGAGCUCUGCGUGGUAAUUAGCAAUAAGAAUGCGUUUUCAUGCGUUCUUGGGAGUUCUCGGCCCUGCUUUCUUUUUGUUCUUGCUUUAGUCGUUGUGAUCGAUCAUAUGAUCUGUCCCCCCCCCCCCCCCCCCCUUUUUAUUUUAUGUGUUUGCUGGUGGCAAACGAAUGUUGCAGGAAAAUUUGAUUCAUAGCGCACUUUGAUGUAAAUUCCUAAUCAAUCCAUGUGUUCUUCUAUCA